UAAGCCCAUGUAUGGACUGUCUUCGUUGAAACUGUAGCAUUCAGCGUAGUUCAGCAGCUGUAGAAGUAGAUCAGAAAGAGACUCGACAUUUUUGAACAAAAUUCCACCAAGUGACAUGUCCGAACUGCAAGCAUCGCUACUGCUCAAGCGCCAGCUUGCGGAGCUGCAGCGCAAUCCCGUCGAGGGCUUCUCCGCCGGCCUGGUCAACGACGCGGACAUCUUCCAGUGGGAGGUGGUGAUCAUCGGGCCCCCGGACACCCUCUACGAAGGUGGCUGCUUCAAGGCCCACCUCAUCUUCCCCAAGGAGUAUCCGUUGCGUCCGCCGCGCAUGAAGUUCGUUACUGAGAUCUGGCAUCCGAAUAUCGACAAGGCCGGGGACGUGUGCAUCUCGAUCCUCCACGAGCCGGGGGAUGACAAGUGGGGCUACGAAAAGGCCGAGGAGCGCUGGCUGCCGGUGCACACCGUGGAGACGAUCCUCCUCUCGGUUAUCUCCAUGCUGACCGAUCCAAACGACGAGUCGGCCGCCAAUGUGGACGCCGCCAAGGAGUGGCGGGAGAACUACGCUGAAUUCAAGCGCAAGGUCACCCGCUGUGUGAGACGCAGCCAGGAGGAGGUCUAACUCCAGUCGGAGUUAUUAAAGAAGCGAUCUUUUAGCGGUCCCCAUGACAAUCACGUGAAUAAAGUCAACGCCUAGUUUUGAAGU